AUGCGUUUUUCUAUGGAUUCAAUUUUAUGUCAUGAAGUUAAAAGUAGUUCAAUACAAAAAUGUUCCAGUACAUCAUUACAACAACUUACAACAUGUAAAGAUGAUAAAUCUAAAGGUGAAAAAGGUACAGUAAUUAAAAAUAUGUCGUCAUUAUCUAUGGAUGAAUCAGAUAAUUUGUUAAAGCAUGAAAAUGAGGAAUCAACAAUUCAAAUAAAUACAACAAAUACAUCUUCUAGACAUAAUAAUGAUUCUCCAUCAUCUGGUUCAUCAAAAUCACCUGUAAAUGAUGUGUAUACUGAUGGUGAAGAUGAAAAACAAAAUUGUGAAAUCAAUAAUUAUAAAACUUCAAAUGAUUGUAAUUUACCACGAUCUCGUCAUAUAUCUUCUUCAAAACCUGCAUAUUCUUAUAUUGCUCUUAUAUCAAUGGCUAUAUUAAAUAGCCCAGAGAAAAAGAUGACUCUUUCACAGAUAUGUGACUUUAUCAUGAAUCAUUUUCCAUAUUAUAAAGAUAAAUUUCCAGCUUGGCAAAAUUCUAUAAGACAUAAUUUAUCUUUAAAUGAUUGUUUUGUUAAAAUACCAAGAGAACCCGGUAACCCAGGAAAAGGAAAUUAUUGGUCAUUAGAUCCAAAAGCAGAAGAUAUGUUUGAUAAUGGUUCAUUUUUAAGGAGAAGAAAAAGAUUUAAAAGAAAUUCAUCAAAUGAAUAUAAUGAUUUAACAAAUUUUAAUACAACAAAUUCAUUUAUACAAAAUAGUCUUAAUCAGGCAUCAUUCAUAGGUAAUCCAUUUAUAUCAAUAACAGGAAAUUCAAAGCAUAUACCAUUAAAUAUUAAUUAUGAUGGUACAAUAAAUAAUCCAUUACUUCGUCAACAACAUAUGGGAAUUUUAACACCACCAAAUAUAAAUGGAUAUCCACCAUUUUUAAAUCCAACAAUACUUGCAGCAGUUAAUCAAGUAAAUACCACACCAUCUAACAUUUCUCUCUCAAGUCAUUUUCCUAUGCUUAAUAAUAGCUCACUAAAUACACCGGUAUCAUUGACAAAUAUUCCAUCCUUCUUUAACUCAAAUGAUCAAAAUUCAAAAAAAUUAGUAUCUCCAUCACAUAAAGACACUUCAACAUAA